AUCCGCAUCGAUGGUCCCAUCAAAGGAGCUUUGGAGUAUGAAAUAGUCCACGUGACCGAUUCAGGACUGAUCCUGAGGGAUAUGGCUUUUUCGGUGGAUCACAAGCACCUGUACCUCAUGUCAGAGAAGCAGCUUAUCCGCGUACCGGUGGAAUCUUGCGAACAGUACAAAAGUUGUAGCGAGUGCCUGGGCUCAGGGGACCCCCACUGCGGAUGGUGUGUGCUUCACAACAUGUGCACCAGGAAGGAGCAGUGCGAACGGUCCAGCGAGCCCCGGAGGUUUGCCUCGGAGAUGAAGCAAUGUGUCCAACUCACCGUGCACCCCAACAACAUCUCCGUCUCCCAGUACAGCGUGACGCUGGUGUUGGAGACCUACAACGUGCCUGAGCUGUCCAAUGGAGUCAAUUGCUCCUUUGGAGACCUGGCGGAAAUGGACGGAGUGGUGUCAGGGAACAAGAUCAAGUGCCUGUCGCCAGCAGCCAAAGAGGUCCCUAAGAUCAUCACGGAAAAUGGAGACCACCACGUUGUCCAACUCCAGCUCAAAUCCAAAGAAACCGGCAUGACUUUUGCCAGCACCAGCUUUGUCUUCUACAACUGCAGCGUCCACACCUCGUGCCUCUCGUGUGUCGAAAGCCCCUACCGAUGCUAUUGGUGUAAAUAUCGUCACGUUUGCACCCACGAACCUCGCAAUUGUCACUUCCUGGAAGGACAAGUCAAAGUCCCUGAGGACUGUCCCCAGCUGCUGAGGGCCAGCAAGAUCUUGGUCCCCGUGGAUGUCAUCAAGCCCAUCACCCUGAAGGCCAAGAAUUUACCCCAACCGCAGUCGGGCCAACGGGGCUACGAGUGUAUCAUCACCAUCCAGGGCCUCGAGAAGAGAGUGCCGGCCCUCAGGUUCAACAGCUCCAGCGUACAGUGCCAGAACACUUCCGUGAUCCACCUGUACAAGUGUGGAGCCAUGAGGGACAGCUGUGGGUUGUGUCUGAAGGCGGACCCCGACUAUGAGUGUGGCUGGUGUGAAGACUUAAACCAGUGUACGCUGAAGCACCAUUGCCCCAUCCUGGAGAACCGUUGGCUGGAACUUUUGGGGACCGGCGGCAAGUGCACCAACCCCAAGAUUAUGGAAAUAAGUCCAGUGAGAGGACCUCGUGAAGGAGGGACCAGAGUGACCAUCCGAGGAGAAAACCUCGGCCUGGAGUUCUGGGACAUCGCAUCCCAUGUCAAAGUUGCUGGCGUGGAGUGCGUCCCCUUGAUGGAUGGAUAUAUCCCAGCCGAGCAAAUUGUCUGUGAGAUGGGCGAAGCAAAACUCAGCCAGCAUGCUGGAUACGUGGACAUUUGCGUGGCUGAAUGCAGGCCAGAAUUCAUGGCGAAAUCCUCCCAGUUCUAUUACUUUACGAUGCUGUCUCUUUCUGAUCUCAGGCCAAAGCAAGGACCGAUAUCGGGCGGUACCCAAGUCACGAUCACGGGCAAAAACCUGAACGCGGGAAGCAACGUUUCCGUAAUGUUCGGAGAAUAUCCUUGCCUUUUCCACCGGAGAACAGCGGAAUACAUCAUUUGCAACACCACAGCUUUUGGGAACAUCUUGGAGAAGAACAUGGUGGAGGUAACCGUGAAGGUGGACAAGGCCACGCUGCGGAAGGAGUUGGAGAAGGCUAAAAUGCACAAAGAGCUCAAGUUUAAAUACGUGGAGGACCCGACCAUUUUGAGAAUCGAACCCGAGUGGAGCAUUGCCUGCGAAGUUCAGAACGAGACGGAAAUGGUCUGCCAGGCUCCAGCCUUGACGGUGGACCCGAACAACCAGUCGGAGCUCGCCGAACGGCCAGAUGAAUUUGGCUUCGUCUUGGACAACGUCUUCUCCUUGCUGAUCCUCAACAAGACCAACUUCACCUACUACCCAAACCCCAUCUUUGAGGCCUUCGGUCCCCCCGGGAUUUUGGAACUGAAACCUGGAACCCCUUUGAUCUUGAAGGGGAAGAACUUAACCCCGCCGGUGGCAGGAGGGAACGCUAAGCUGAAUUACACUGUGCUGAUUGGGGAAAAGCCCUGCGUGGUUACGGUCUCCGAUGUCCAACUGUUGUGUGAAUCCCCAAAUCUUACAGGACGACAUAAAGUUACGGCUCGUGUUGGAGGCAUGGAGUUCUCUCCUGGCAUGGUCAACAUCUCCUCUGACAGCCCGCUCAGCCUGCCCGCCAUUGUCAGCAUCGCCGUGGCUGGCGGCCUGCUCAUCAUCUUCAUCGUGGCCGUCCUGAUUGCCUACAAGCGGAAGUCUCGGGAAAGCGAUCUCACGCUCAAAAGGCUGCAGAUGCAGAUGGACAAUCUGGAGUCCAGGGUGGCUUUGGAGUGCAAGGAAGCUUUUGCAGAACUCCAGACCGACAUCCAUGAGCUGACAAGUGACUUGGAUGGAGCAGGAAUACCGUUUCUGGAUUAUCGGACGUACACCAUGAGAGUCCUUUUCCCUGGGAUUGAAGACCACCCAGUACUCAGGGAUCUGGAGGUUCCCGGCUAUCGGCAAGAGCGGGUAGAGAAAGGCCUCAAGUUCUUCGCCCAGCUCAUCAACAACAAGGCCUUCCUGCUCUCCUUCAUCCGCACGCUGGAGUCUCAGCGCAGCUUCUCCAUGCGGGACCGUGGCAACGUGGCCUCCCUCAUCAUGACCGUGCUGCAGAGCAAGCUAGAAUACGCCACCGAUGUCCUCAAGCAGCUCCUGGCUGACCUGAUCGACAAGAACCUGGAGAGUAAAAAUCACCCCAAGUUGCUUCUGCGGAGGACUGAAUCCGUAGCGGAGAAGAUGCUGACCAACUGGUUCACCUUCCUUCUUUAUAAGUUUCUCAAGGUCCUGAGUUGCGUGAAUCCUGAUAAUGUCAACACCCCUGAGAUUCCAGUGAAGAUCUUGAACUGUGACACCAUCACCCAAGUGAAGGAGAAGUUCCUGGAUGCCAUCUUCAAGAACGUGCCUUGUUCUCAUCGGCCCAAAGCUGCAGAUAUGGAUCUUGAAUGGCGGCAGACUAACGGGAUCAGAAUGAUCCUUCAGGAUGAAGAUCUGACCACCAAGAUUGAGAAUGACUGGAAGAGGCUGAAUACCCUCGCCCAUUAUCAGGUGCCGGAUGGCUCUCUGGUGGCUUUGGUGUCCAAGCAAGUCACAGCUUACAACGCGAUCAACAAUUUCACCGUCUCGAGGACUUCCGCCAGCAAGUACGAAAACAUGAUCCGAUAUACUGGGAGCCCAGACAGCUUGCGUUCCCGGACGCCCAUGAUCACGCCAGACCUAGAAAGCGGGGUCAAGAUGUGGCAUUUGGUGAAGAACCACGAACAUGGCGAUCAGAAAGAAGGGGACCGAGGGAGCAAGAUGGUAUCUGAAAUCUACCUGACAAGGCUGCUAGCCACCAAGGUAGGGACCUUGGAGGUCUUCUAUUCNGACCUCUUUGAGACCAUCUUCAGCACGGCCCAUCGAGGCAGCGCGCUGCCCCUGGCCAUCAAGUACAUGUUUGACUUCCUGGAUGAGCAGGCAGAUAAGCACAACAUCCACGAUCCUCACGUGCGGCACACCUGGAAAAGCAAUUGCCUGCCCUUGAGGUUUUGGGUGAACAUGAUCAAAAAUCCGCAGUUUGUCUUCGACAUUCACAAGAACAGCAUCACGGAUGCCUGCUUAUCAGUGGUAGCACAAACCUUCAUGGACUCCUGUUCGACCUCAGAGCACCGUUUGGGCAAAGAUUCCCCAUCUAAUAAACUGCUUUAUGCCAAGGAUAUCCCCAGCUACAAGAACUGGGUAGAAAGGUAUUACUCAGAUAUCGGCAAGAUGCCAGCGAUUAGCGACCAGGAUAUGAAUGCUUAUCUAGCUGAGCAGUCGCGCAUGCACAUGAAUGAGUUCAACACUAUGAGCGCACUCUCCGAGAUCUACUCGUAUGUGGGCAAGUACAGCGAAGAGAUCCUUGGAGCCCUCAAUCAGGACGACCAAGCCGGAAAGCAGAAACUCACCUACAAACUUGAACAAGUUAUAACCCUCAUGAGCAUAGACAGCUGAGAACUUGCCCCACUUAGAGGGGGACUUUCCAGGAGGGAUUCGACACAAAACAAAUGAACAAAAAAAGAACUUUCACACACACACACACACACACACACACACACAAACACACACACAAAAAAAAACCAAGCCGUGCCUCAGUUCAG